GAUAAACAACCCAAGUUUAUCUCUGUUAUAAACCUAGGCGCCUCGGUUUAAUACCGGUUAUGAGGAGGCCGCCCCACUUAUUCUCCUUGAUCGAGUACCCCAGUUAGUGGGUUUUCCGUAAUAAGGUAAAGAUAGAGAGCGAGAGAGAAUGUUAAUGACGACGAGAGGGACAAUCGGUGGAAUUCCAAGUUCGGUGGCGUCAAUUAGCAAGAGGCGGGUAUUAGGCUUAGCUUUUAGCUCCAAAAUUUCAAGUAGUAGGUUGUAACUAGUUUUCCAAAUAAAAAUCAAACCAAAUUAUUUUACCCUGUUCCGUUUCUUUUUGCCUCCUUUUUUAUCCUCCAUUGGAAGCUUACUCUGAAGAAACCUCCGUUUCUCUUCUCCAUUGAAGCUGAUUCUGAGAAUUAAUAUGAAGCUUAGUUUUGUUUAGCACCGUAAUGGAAAUGAAACCUUGUUUUGGUAAAGUUGAUGGUCACUGAUGUCCUUGCCCUAUGCCUUUGGAGGAGUUCUCCGGAAGUUCAAGGCUUGUCGGCCUACUUACAGUGAUUGGCAUUUUUGGAGUUGGAAAAAUGCUACCUGUUAUGUACAUUCCCUUUCUUCAUGUAAAUAUAAAGGCCCCUCCCAGCCACCUCACAGAAAGGUGAUCAGAACAGAGAAGCAAGUCAAUAAGAAAAAUGUAGAUCGAAAGGUAUACAUGAGUGAUGUUAUUAGACAGAUUUCAAAUAUUCUGAGGUGUACCUCAUGGAUUUCUGCCCAAGAACAGCUACAGGGGCUUCGUAUCAAAUGGGACUCGUUCACUGUCAAUCAAGUUCUAAAAUCCCACCCACCAAUGGAGAAGGCUUGGUUGUUCUUCAAUUGGAUUUCAAAACAGAAGGGUUUCAAACAUGACAAAUUUACAUACACGACAAUGCUGGAUAUAUUUGGAGAGGCACGAAGGAUAAGUUCAAUGAUGUAUGUCUUUCAGCUUAUGCAGGAGAAAGGGAUAAAGAUUGAUGCCAUCACUUAUACUUCAAUGCUCCAUUGGCUUUCAAAUAGUGGUGACUUUGAUGGAGCCGUGAAGGUAUGGAAGGAUAUGAAAGCUGAGUAUUGUCAUCCAACUGUUGUUUCUUAUACAGCAUAUAUGAAGGUCUUAUUUGAUAAUAACAGAGCUGAGGAAGCCACUGACAUAUACAAGGAAAUGCUUCUAUCAGGACUUAAACCUACCUGCCACACCUAUACAAUCUUAAUGCAGCAUCUUAUUCAUUCUGCAAAUUACAUCCUACCAAACCAAUCAACCAUUCUUCAACUUCAUACAGGAAAAUGCAAAUCAGCUCUUGAAGUUUUUCGGAAAAUGCAAGAGACUGGGGUACAACCUGACAAAGCUACAUGCAAUAUUUUGGUAGAGCAAUGUAGCAAAGCAGGAGAAGCAUGGGCAAUUAUCCAAAUUCUGCUGUACAUGAAGGAAAAUUUACUUGUUCUUCGUUACCCUGUCUAUCUUCAAGCAAAGGAAACUCUAAAGAUGGCUAAUGAGACUGAUUUGCUUCUUCGACAAGUUAAUCCUCAUAUAUCUUCUGAUGCUUCUGAUAACAUUGAGUUCAUGAGAGAGGAAGAAACUACAUGUGAUAUGAAUUAUAGCAUAGACAGGGGGCUUCUGAUUGAAUUUUUAAGAAAGAAAAAUUUUGCUGCCAUUGAUCGCCUAUAUGCUGGAAUAGUGCACCGGCAUAAGCGGUUAGCCCCUGACCUUGUCUCUAAAAUCAUUGAGGCAAAUUGUACUCAUGGGAGGAUUGAAGCAGCUAUUUUGGUCUUGGACAACUGCAAUGAUAUGGGCAUUUACAUUGAAAAUGAAGCAUUCCUUUCAAUACUGGGGGUUCUGAUUAGAAAGAAAGAUUUUUUAAAGAUUUUGCCAAUAGUUGAGCAAAUGGUCAAGUAUAAUUUGUUUCCUGAACCACAAUUAGCUUUCUCAUUAAUAUAUAGGCUUGGUCAAGCCAGAGAACUUGACAUUGCUGUGAAAAUAUUCAAAUUAUUUCCUGAGGAGAUUAAGACCACUACAUUGUACACUGCUUUAAUCAGUGCCUGUUUCUCAGCUGAAGAUCCUGAUAAAGGUAUUGCCACAUUUAAGACCAUGAAAUGUAGUGGAAUUCAGGGUGCAACAGCAACCUACAAUGUGCUGAUUAGAGGGCUUGAGUUAUGCGGAAGAUUCAAUGAGGCCAAAUUUUACCGUAAGGAGAAGAAAAGUUUGCAAAAGGAUGAUGUUCCAGAAACUCUUCUUGCAGAUGAAAAAUUCUGUGAUGUAUUAUUUGCGGGGUAUAUAGUGCCAUAAGACAGUUUUCGAAUGGCAAAACAUUCUUUCCUCAGGUGGUGGAAUGUUACUCUGAAUCCCAAAUUGGUGACAUGCUGUCUUGGCAUAUGAAUGAGUCAUGUGGCAUUUCCAGCCUAUGUGCUAUGAUGUUUUCUUGCUUGCUGACUCGAGACCACUAACCCUUGUGUCUGAACAACCAAUGCUGGAAUGAACACCUGUUUUGAUCAACUCCAAGAUUUUUACUCAUUGAAAUCAGCAUCCAGUGUUGACGUUGGUGGUGGUGAUUUUUUUGUUAAAUAUGCUGAUGAAGCAUCCAUUAAGCUUUGAGUGAUGGUUUUGCAGACGGAGAUCUUUGUUCUGUCCCUAAUCAGCUACGGACAAGAUAUAAUUCCCUCUUUAAUCAUCGCAAAUUCUAUCAUACAACCAGGUGAAGAAGUUGCACUCAACGGUUCUUUGCACAAUACAGUCAUGUUCAUACUGCUUAGGACCUGAUGGGAUGUACCACUAAAUGCUCGCUCAAAUCGUAAUUUUGCAGCUAAAACUGCAUGGGGCUCCGAAGUAGUUGGAUCUGAUUCUUGAAUCUUUAAUCUGUAAAGAUUCCAGAGAACAAUUGCUGUUUAGGUAACUUUAAGUUGCCGUCCAUGCUAUAUAAUGGUAUUGUAAUGUAAGCAUGCAUUAGCUUAGUAAGUGCUGAUCAGGAAUAUUUGGAAUGUAAUGUAAGACAUUCAUAAUGGCGUUUUUUGAUUUGAUGGUAUGAAAUUGCGUCACUCUUGUUGUGCUG